AUCUAAUAUGGGUGCAGCGCUUGGCUGCUAUGAGCGGGCACUGUCUCGGGCCCCUACAUCCACAACUGCUGUGGUAGCGGGGUCGCUGGGCUUCCUUGGCGAUGCGCUGGCGCAACGCGUUGAACAGCGGCGGCCGGACUGUGUUGACACUACCUUCAAUGUGCAGAGGAGUUCAGCGUUCACGCUGUAUUCUUUGCUUUGGGGUGCCUGCGGCUUGCGGCCCUGGCUGACCCUGCUGAACCAGCGCUUUCCAGGCAACUCGGUGAAGGCCAUUUGUCAGAAAGUGGCAAUGCAGCAAUUUGUAUGGAAUCCAAUCAUUUACUUGCCCACAUUUUACGGCUUUAACGGCUUGUAUCGUGGACAAGACAUCGAUGCUUUGUUGGCCAAAGUUCGAGGUGAAUAUGCCGACUGCCUGCUCUACGUUUGGAAGGUCUGGAUUCCCAUGUCUGUGGGCAUUUUUGCGUUCGUACCAACGCGGCAUCAGGCGGCAGCCAACUUCCUGGGCAACCUGGUUUGGAACACCCUGCUGUCCCUGUUCUACAACGAGAGCCCGCAGCCCAAUGUGCUGAAAGCAAAAGAAGCGCCUUCCCGGCAGCUUGCUUUCUGCUAUCAGGGCAUGAUACAUCACGAGAAUCGGCUCAAGGUUUUUCGCUGCGCCAAAGGCAUGCGCUGGCUCGCGCUGAAUCAUUUGCAGGUGCGCUGGAGGGCGGCCUCCACGAUGGCGAAACGGCUGCCCCGACAUCGCCAGCUCCGCAGUGAGAGUUCAGAGCAAAAAGUCGAGACGAAAGAGAUGGAGGACGAUCAGAAACGACAGGGCAAGGAGAGGCAUGCAGAGCCUGUUCACAAAGGCUCGGCUCGGCGCGCGCCGGAAGCAGCAAAGCCUGCAGGUGAGAUCAGUGAGGCGGGCCGCUUGCCCGAGUGGCUCUUCGAGGAUCGGCCUGUCUGGCUGGAGGCCCUGGUCCGCUUCCUGCAUGAGCCGGACCUGCUUCUGGUGAGGCUGGAAAGAGGCAGCUCCCAGCGCGUGGCACGGCGGCCUGCGGCCGGCGUGCUGCCAGAGAUGCAGGAGCUGUCGUUGCCCUUUGAGAAGCUGAGAAGCUGGGCCACCGGCGAGUUGCAGCAGGCCGCCGAUGAAGGCCGAAAGGUCCGCUCGGUGGCGGUGUGCGGCACCGACAAGUCGCACGCUGCGGAUGCUGUGGAGGUUCUCCGCUCCAUGGGCUUCAAGCGCGUGGCCAAUGUGCAUACCCAGGCCUUCCUUCAGCAGCUGCAAGCGAUGUGA